UUCCGGAUGAACGAAUACCCCCCGGUGAUGUUAUACAAGAUGUUUGGUAACAAGCAUGUUGUGAAAGCCUUUAGGUUUAAUGCCACACCUGCAUAUCGUGCAGCAGUCCUGCAGAGAGAGGAACACGUCGGUUAUGUGACUGCAGUUUAAGUCUAUUAAAGUAACUAGUUUUUCAACUGCGUGGUCUAUUUCCUGGUUUGGGUGCUUCAUUUGUUCCAUCAAAAUGCCCGAGGGACCAGAGCUCCACCUGGCCAGCCUUUACGUGAACAAAAUGUGCGCAGGAGUGGUGUUCACUGGACCGGUCACAAAAUCUGAGGUCAGCAAGAGUCCAGAUGUGCCCUUCACCUGUGAGGCCUAUCUCAUCACUGCCACUUCCAGAGGGAAGGAAGUGAAGCUCACACUGACGCCCAUGAAAAGUGAUGAUCCAAAACGGAGAGCGAAGGCCGGGCAAGCGGAUCAGCCCAUGGAGGUAGUGAUACGCUUUGGGAUGUCGGGCUAUUUCUGCUUCACCGCAGAGGACGAGCUGCCCAAACAUGCCCACCUGCGUUUUUAUUCCAAUGAGAAGCCCUGCAGAGUGCUGAGCUUUGUGGAUACACGCAGGUUCGGCAGCUGGCAGCCCAAUGGCACGUGGCAGCCUGACAGAGGGCCCUGCAUCAUGUUUGAGUACGAAAGAUUCAGGGAUAAGGUUGUGUCGCACCUGUCCGACCGAGCCUUCGACAGGCCCAUCUGUGAAGUUCUGCUCAACCAGAAGUAUUUCAACGGGAUCGGGAACUACUUGAGGGCUGAAAUCCUUUUCAGGUUGAACAUCCCUCCCUUUGUGCCUGCGAGGACCAUACUGGAAGGCCUUGAGUCAGAAGAUUUGUGUGAGAACAAGAAGCCUGUGAAAAAUGAGAUCACAGACACAAAGACCUCACAACAGAAGCAGGUGAAAGGGGAGAUGGGUGACCUGCUCAGACUGUGUCAUACUGUACCCUUAGAGGUGGUCAACCUAGGUGGAAAGGGCUACGACCCCCAGAAGGCCGACUACUCUGACUUUAAGGCGUGGCUGCAGUGUUACUACGUGGAUGGAAUGAAGUCUAUACGGGACCACAACGGCAGAACAAUGUGGUUCCGAGGUGAUCCAGGCCCCAUGGCGCCUAAAGAGUCAAAGUCACCCAAGGCAAAAAAGAGAGCAAAGAAAGAAGAUGACCACGAUUACACAGACAAGAAAAAGGUGGCCAGGAGUCGCUCAGUAAGCACAUCGAAGAAGAAGAAGAAGGUGGUCAAACAGGAAGCUGUGACAAAAACACCAAAGAAAGAAAAGGAUGCACAUCCGAAGGAAGCCGGAUCCAUGAGAAGAAAGACCCGAGAAGUAAACACAAAUCAACAUGAAAAGGGAUCAACUGCACGUAGCAGGAAAAGCAGCAGUGCAGAGCCAACAGCAGAUCCACAGAGGCGGAGCGGGAGAGUGACAAGACAGAACAGCAAAUAAAAAGAAAGGAGGCACCACUGUAUGUUUUUAUAUUUUUAAAUAGUUUUUAAUAAAACAUGUUUCUACAAAAGAUC